UCCUCAGCGAAUUUCUUACGAACGACAACGAUUUAAAAUUUUGUGAAAUUCUUGCAAGUAAUUUAUAAUUUUACAUGUUAGUCUUAUUACGCAAAAGUGGCGCCGCGGUGCCGCUGACACAACUACGCGGCGCUGCAAAGCGUAUGCUGUCGACAACAUCGGCAGCAUAUACAAAUGGUCCAACAACAACAAAAAGUUCAUCGACAACGGAGCACUAUGAUAUUAUAAUAGGCGGCGGUGGACUUGUGGGCACAACACUAGCUGCAGCGCUGGCUAAGAAUCCAACGUUGGCUGACAAGCGUGUGCUUCUACUGGAGGGCGCUGGCGAAUUUAAAGGCUUCGAUGCAAGCGGACCUUAUCAAAACCGGGUCUCGGCUAUAAAUAAGAACUCCAUAGAACUAUUUGAAUCCAUAGAUGCCUGGCCGCAUAUUGAGGCAGCGCGCUACAAGCCUGUUAAGCAAAUGCAGGUGUGGGAGUCCAACAGCGAUGCUCUUAUACAGUUUCAGCAUGAUAAUUUUGCCAGCGAUGUUGCCUGCAUCAUAGAAAACGAUCUAAUACUGGAUGCUGUAUAUGCUACUGUACGUGCAUCGGCGUCCAAUGUAAAGGUGCUUAAUAAAUCACGCAUCGAGUGUGUGAGUCUUCCUGGUCAAACUGGUUCGGUGCACUCGCAAGUCCAGCUACAGGAUGGACGCAACUUUAGCUGUGAGCUGCUGAUUGGUGCCGAUGGUGCCAACUCUGUGGUGCGUAAGCAAAUGGGCGUAGAUGUCUUUUCGCUUAACUACGAUCGCAUGGGCUUGGUAGCAACAUUGGACUUGCAGCCAGAGGAGGCUGGAGAUAAUUCAGUUGCCUGGCAACGGUUUUUGCCAACGGGACCACUUGCUUUGCUGCCUUUGACUGAGCAGCAAAGUUCGCUUGUUUGGAGUACCACGGUGCCACAUGCCAAGCAACUGUUGUCUAUGGAGCCAGCUCAGUUUGUUGACGCACUCAAUGAGGCCUUUUGCCGACAAUAUCCACGCGUGGAGCUGGCGGAUCGUGCGCUGCAGGCACUUAAUUCCUUCUUUGGUAACAGCAGCUCCCAGCAUCUGCGUCAGUUUCCGCCAAGCGUGCGCGACGUGCAGUCAGGCUCCCGCGCGGUCUUUCCCUUGGGCUUCCUGCAUGCUUCUUCUUAUGUGUGCCAAGGCGCAGCGCUAGUGGGCGAUGCGGCACAUCGCGUUCAUCCCUUAGCUGGCCAGGGUGUCAAUCUGGGCUUUGGUGACGUGCGUCAUUUGGUGGAGACACUGGCAGCUGGUGCCUACGCUGGCUUUAAGCUGGGCGAUACCCAGCAUCUGACCAAGUAUGAGCGUAAAUGUUUGACCAAGAAUGUGCCGAUUAUGCUGGGCGUGCACGGUCUGCACACUCUAUACUCCACGGAGUUCAGUCCAGUGGUCUUGCUGCGCAGUCUUGGUCUGCAGCUUACCCAAAAUUUGCCGCCCAUUAAAAACUUUUUCAUGCGGGGCGCAAUGGGCUGAGCUCACAAACAGUUGUAUUAUCUUUUAAGUGUUUACAGUUUUGUAGUUACUAUAAAUAAUUCUAAAUAAAUGGUGUAC